AUGGUUUCCCAAAUACCAGGACCUUCUCGUGGCCGCCCUCAAAACCCCUUGCCAAGCGGCACCCCCAUCCCUAGAUGCACGGGGCCGCUGCCCACGGGCGACGUCCAGGACCUGCGCCGGGAGCUGCAGUACCGUCCCCUCUGCACAGAUUUCGGCAUCCCCCUCCCGCCGCCGUACGUCAUCGCCGAGUUCCCUCACGGCGAGCCCAUGCGACUGGACAUCAACCUGUCGCGCUGCCGCACAGUGCGCCUAGAGCACAGGAUGGCGGGGCUGAUCCACGGGGUGCUGCUGCGGCAGUGCCUCAUCCGGGCGCUGCGCCUGAGCAUGUUCAAGUCUGACCUCUGGGACACGCCCGCAGACGACCUGUGGCAGCACCCGGCAGAGGUGGAGAAGCGGAUGAAGCGCGGGGGCAAGGCGAAGCGCCGGCCGGCGCCGAACUCGCGUGGCCUCUGGAGGAAGAAGAGGUGCGAGACGGCCGUCGAGCUGCUGCAGCGGGACAUUCGAGACCUCGAGGUCGAGUACAUCUACCACUGGUAUGACCUGCGCGACGUGACGUACAUGAGGGAGCUCAAGAAGGAGGUCGAGGAUGGGUGGGAGAGGCAUGCCGGCCCGAUGGGGGGGUCCUGGACGAUGCGGCUUGCCGACCCGGGGCAACUUCCGCAAACGAGCUGA